AUGAAGACCUAUUCUUUCACUUCACCUCUCUUUAGUUUGGCUCUUUGGUCCGCCCAAUUUGUUUCUGCCGAACCACUUUCUGUGCAGCGCCGUGAUGCUUCUAUCCUUAUUGAUCCUGCUGCCCAACCGUCUCUUCCUUCCAUUGGUGCCGCCACUGCUGCUGCCAGCACCGUUGGCCUCAAUCUCACCAAUAUUCAAGGCGAUGUCUUGAUCGGAAUGAAGAAGAACAAAGAACUUUUCUUCUUUUUCGGCAUCACUGAUGGAGCCAAGUUCAAGUCCUCUCUGAAGUCGGUUAUUCUUCCCCGUGUCACAACUACUACGCAACUCCUCGAUGUCUCCAAACAGCCUAACACAGCUCUCAACAUCGCGUUUUCGCAGACUGGGCUCAAAGCUCUGAAUAUCACCGAUAAUCUCGGUGAUUCAGCAUUCAGUCAAGGCCAGUUUGCCAACGCCGCGAACCUAGGAGAUCCAGGUACCACAAACUGGGUCAAGCAGUUCAUUGGGACGUCAAUUCAUGGUGUACUACUCCUUGCGAGCGACACGCUUGACAAGUGCGAGUCUGAAUUGACUGCCAUCAAGAACCAACUGGCGAAAUGCAAUUGUGUGAAGGAAUUGUAUCGCUUGGAAGGUGCUGCUCGUCCUGGAUCUGAACAAGGCCAUGAGCACUUUGGGUUUCUUGAUGGUAUCUCCAACCCUGCUGUUGAAGGUUUCCAAACUCCGCUCCCCGGUCAAGCUGUCGUCCCGCCCGGGGAAAUUCUGGUCGGUGAAUCCGGCGACUCACUCCAAGCCAGUCGUCCUAGUUGGGCUAAAGACGGGUCCUUCCUCGCGUUUCGCCAGCUCAAGCAGCUCGUCCCCGAGUUCAACAAAUUCUUGGCGGACAACCCAAUUCGCACAGGCAAGUUGACGCGACAGCAAGGCUCUGACUUGAUGGGUGCCCGCAUGGUCGGACGCUGGAAGAGCGGCGCGCCGGUGUUCCUCUCUCCGCUCGUGGACGACCCAAACCUUGGUGCAGACCCUCAUAGGAACAACAAUUUCACUUACGCCAAACCGGGUCAAACGUUCUCUGAUCCAGCGGAUCAGACCAAGUGUGCCUUCGCUGCACAUAUCAGGAAAACGAGGCCAAGAGCGGAUUUGGGUUUGCCUGAAAAUCAGCAGUCAAGCAACCAUCACAUCGUUCGUGGGGGGAUUCCUUAUGGUCCGGAAGUGAGCGCUGCGGAGGCAAAGGCGAACAAGACGCAGACAGAGCGCGGGCUUGCAUUUGUCGCCUAUCAGUCCAAUAUCCUCGCAGGCUUCCAGUUCCUCCAACGUUUCUGGGCUGAUAAUAUUGACUUUGUUCAAGGAAAUGUAGGAUUUGACCCCAUCAUCGGUGCGAACGCUGGUUCCCCUCGAAUUGUUAAUGGCUUGGAUCCCACGAAUGCUACUCGUAGCGUUACAAUUGAGACUGACUUUAUAGUCUCCCGCGGAGGGGAGUACUUCUUCUCGCCAUCGCUCACCGCACUCGCUACCAAGUUUGCAGCAUAG